AUGAGCCUGAUCGCACGUUCGGGCGCCCUACGACCGGCAUCGCGCCGUUCCCUGGCCGUCCUCGCCAACAGCCGCUUCACCACCCAAAGAGCCGCCUUCAGUUCGCAACCGCCACGCCUUCUACCAUCCACCGACUCGCUGUUCUCCCGUUCCUCUGGUUCCAAUGAGCCUACGAGCUACUUCCAGCGUUCAUCACUACCCGCCAAUACCAUCGUCAAGUUUGUACCCCAGCAAACAGCAUGGAUCGUCGAGCGCAUGGGCAAGUUCAGUCGCAUCUUGGAGCCCGGUGUCGCCAUCCUCGUCCCCAUGAUUGAUCGCAUCGCCUACGUCAAGAGUCUGAAGGAAGCUGCUAUCGAGAUCCCUUCCCAAAGUGCCAUCACCGCCGAUAACGUUACUCUCGAGCUGGACGGUGUACUCUACACUCGCGUUUUCGAUCCUUACAAGGCCAGCUACGGUGUUGAGGAUGCAGAAUACGCUAUUUCACAACUCGCUCAAACCACCAUGCGUUCCGAGAUUGGUCAGCUUUCCCUCGACCACGUCCUGAAAGAGCGUGCUGCUCUGAACACAAACAUUACUCAGGCCAUCAACGAGGCUGCACAGGACUGGGGUGUUACUUGCCUGCGUUAUGAGAUCCGCGAUAUCCACGCUCCUCCUGGUGUCGUUGAGGCCAUGCAUCGUCAGGUCACUGCCGAGCGUAGCAAGCGUGCCGAGAUUCUGGAAUCUGAGGGUCAGCGCCAGAGUGCCAUCAACAUCGCCGAGGGUCGCAAGCAGAGUGUCAUCCUUGCAUCCGAAGCCUUGCGCGCGGAGCAGAUCAACAUGGCUACUGGUGAGUCCGAGGCCAUCCUCCUCAAGGCCAAGGCCACCGCUGCUGGUAUCGACGCUGUCGCAAACUCCAUCGCUUCAGGCAAGGAGAGCGCCCAGGGUGCUGUCAGUCUCAGUGUCGCCGAGAAGUACGUCGAAGCCUUCGGCAAGCUGGCCAAGGAGGGUACCAGCGUUGUUGUUCCUGGAAACGUCGGAGAUAUUGGCAGCAUGAUUGCCACCGCUAUGGGCGUCUACGGCAAAGUCAACGAAAGCCAGGCCCGCGCCAUGGCAUCCAAGCAGAUCUCCGCCCCUUCAGAAUCAUCCGAGCAAGAUUCAUCCAGCAACCAGAGUGUCACCGACAGCGUACUCGAGAGCUUCGAAUCCACACGGGCAAAGCACUAA